AUGGUGAAGGGUGACUUGAAGCGAACGAGGGAGGACCGAGAUCCUGAUGAUGGUCAGCACAAAAUUUUAACACCCGAUGCUUCAUGUCCGGUUCCAGCACCGUUUGAGGCCCACGAAGAUACUAUUGACUCUUUGCUUGACCUAACUUCUUUAUGUUCUCAGGAUGAUAUAUCGGCUCGUUUCGACUCGAUAUCAAGGGCCUUAUUGUCUGAAUAUUAUCUGUCAGUCAUUCAUGGCAGCUCUCAGAUGGACUAUGAAAUCCUCGAACUAGAAUUUUACCUCCAGAAGUCAGGCUGUCACGAAGACCCAUUUACUCAUGGAAGCGCAGAGCAAGAGCGGAGUGGGCAGUGGUAUUUUCAUCGUGCACCGAAACGUUCAAACUUGUCGCAAGCCAAUCUUGCAGCAACUGUAGCAGGAGGUUAUCGGGGUGGUACACGUAAAGGCCUUGAUCUGACAUUUGGUGGCCCCGUUGCGGAGGGUCGCAUCACAUCAGGAAUAUUGCGAGGUGGUGCUCUUCUGCGCACCAUACGUCGAUUUCACGACCAAAAGGUCAUCUCAGGGCCCUCACUCCUCGUUGAUGAGAUUUUACGCGUAUGCAAUGCUUCGAACAUCAACGAGCUUGUGUCUGUUAAAUGGAAAGGGGACAUCGCUGCCCUCUCAGCCCCAAGCCAACCGAGGAGUGUUUAUAUGUACUUACGCAAGCGACCUGCAUCGAGCCUUGCGACUUCGCCCGUAUUCCGUUCUCCGCGAAUUGGACUCGAUCUUUCUAACCCAGAAACCAAAGCCGAUUCCGCACAUCCACGUGUUGUCUUCGUCGGAAAAUUAUAUCGGUACUUUACUUAUCCAGAGCUCCUCGUUGCCAACGGACGCCCUCAAACGUUCGUCGGACUAUACUUGGCCGUUGUCGAAGGACAGAAGUAUGAGCCUGGCUCGCUCAAGUUCCGCAACGAAUUGAGUAAGCUGACUGGAAUCAAGGACACGACUCUUGCCAAGUAUUUGUCGGACUAUCAGCUCGGAUUCGAGGAGGGGAAGUUGGUAAACUUUGUUGGGGCUAUUGGAAAAGGUGCCUCAGCGUCAGCGUCUGCAUAUCUUAGGAUGAUGGGUACGCUCGCAAUGGUGCUCCAGUAG